AAACUGUAUAUAAACUGAGAACUGAGGGUUGGAGAGUUCGUUGCUCUGCAGUAAAGUCUAUCUUGAUUCUUCAAAAAACUCUGGAAGUACUUUAUUUUUAAUAAGGAUAAGGACAAUUUUCCACAACAGAUACAUGCAUGUUUACCGCUGAUCUGCCGCAUGUGAAAGAGAGAGGAGCAGCGCAGGCUUUCUAAUUGACCUCUCACAAUUCAACUAUUGAGGAUGGUGCCCCAUAUGCUUGAAAUGCUGCCCAGCUUAAUGUGCUGGGACAGAUAGAGCUGACACAACAUGGAUAACACUUGGAGCGAUGGUGACGGAUGCAGCCGCCAUAAUAUGGCUCACUGGGAAAGUGCUCCACCUGCUGGUGAAAGACAGUACCUCACCCAACAGGAAAGGGAACACCAGUGGCUGAACCAUGAGGAAGAAGCUGCCAUGCGGGCCCACUACAACUGCCAUAGACAAAACUCUCAAAUGGACUUCCGUGGACAUUGGGCACAAGAGACCCAGUCACCUCCUCUGUAUCAUCAGGGCCAUCACAGAAUGGCUCAGAGUCAGAAGAUAAGGGAUUGGCCCAAUCUCUAUGGACCCUUGAGAUGCCAGGCAUCCCCUAAUGUAACCUUACACCGCAGUGGAGCUAGAACAGAAACAUGGGCUAAGUAUGAACCCCACCUCCCCAGCUAUGAGUUUUUGCCCCCACUCAUUGUUGAAAGAGGGCAUGAGGAUAUUUCACUUCAUCAUAACGUUGACCGUGAUUAUAUGGUUGGUCGGGUAGUGAAUCAUAACAUUCUCCAUUACUUGGUAGGCAAAUGGCAGAUGUUCAAUUCCACCCAUGCUAGAGGACAUUUUAAUGAACAUUCAAGGGGACAUUCUAAUGAAUGCUCAAGAGGAUGUUCUAGGGGUGGCUCUAGUGAACAUUCUAGGGAUGGUUCUAGUAGACGUUCUAGGAGUGGGUCUAGUGGACGUUCGAGGGGUGGUUCUAGUGGACGAUCUAGGGGUGGGUCUAGUGGACGUUCUAGGGGUGGGUCUAGUGGAUGUUCUAGGGCCCAUUCCAGCAGGUCUCCCAGGCUGGACUUCCAGGCUAAGCAUGUCAACCCUUCUCAAACUACGACCAACACUUCUCCAGACAUUCAGCAUGCCAACAUCAAUCCAACUGCUCCUGUGGUCAACAACAAACACAGUGAAACAACAUCAGGACGAACAGCAGGUCCUGUGAGAGAUUCUACAUCACUUGUGCAGGCCUUCACUGCGACUGCACAGCAGUGUGUUUCUAUGGAUCUCCCUUCCACGGGAGGUAGAGAAUCUGGUGUCGUUGACCUAAAAGCAGCCCAGGUAACAAAUGCAGACACCCAUGGUAUACUAGGACCUAGUGUUCCUUCCCAAGCCAUAACACAACAAACCAAUAAUCUUUCUGUCAAUGCUACUCUGGUUUCUCACACCCAGACCUCUGCCACCCCUGAACAGCAACAUGCUCCCUCUCCUUCUCCCAAACCUCUCACUGAGACACCUCAGGACAAACCACCUCAUAAUCAUAAGAUCUCACUCAGUGAAAUACAGGACUGGCUCCAGAGUGUUUUAAGAUCUAAAAAUGGACCCGUAAAUGGGAACAACUCUACACAAGAUCCCUCUCAGUCCCAACAAUCCAGCACAGAGAAAAUGGAUGUUUUACAAGCAGGCAAUACGUACCGACUUCUAAACACCAAAGACGACCAGGCAAGGCCCCCUGAGAGGUUUAGUGCUGAGGACUCCACUGUACGGCUGGAGAUUAAGUCCACCCCCAGGUGUAUGACCCUGACGGCAGUCGCCACCACUCCGCCUCCCGUGGCUAUCGUCCCGCCAAUGGGUCCACAGCAGUCCCCAGAGCCCAUGGAGACAGAGAAUGCAGGCAAUGAGGUGCCAUUUAAGAUUUUACAUGCCUGGUCCAUCAACGAACAACAGGUGGAAAGCCUGUGGGAAAGCGCUAAAGAUGAUGCAAGUUCUCGAUCUGUCCUAAAUGAGACAGUUCAAGUUGAGAGUGUUAUGGAGUGUGAUAAGCCUGUAGAUGCAUCUGCAACAAGUUUACUGGCAUCUACUGGAGAGGACAAUGGGGUCCUUCUGGUCAAGAGUUCACCUUCACCAUUUGUCCACACCAACCCUCAGGCAACUGAUAUUGUACGCAUUUGUGGUACCCAGACAAUUGUGGACAUUAGCUCCAAUGGCGCAGAUGAGAGAACUCUUGAUUUGUCCACAAUUUCUGAAGUUCAGUUCAAGUUAACUACGCUGCAACAACUGGUUAGUUAUCUGGAGAGUGCAGCAACAGUCACAGAUGCAAAGGAUGGUUGUCUAAAGGCCAUAUUGGAGCGAUAUUGGGGCGGGGAUACCUCUAACCUGGUAAAAGCUUUAAAAGAUAAAAGGGAUGAGAAAAUAAUGCAGGAUGUGUCUGCCUGGGCCGUAGAGGAUGAGAAGGCAGUGGUUGUCUUUGCAGUCAGUGGUAUAUCACUGGGGGAAGUGGUCGAGAACUUUCCCAUUCCAGCACAUGUUGACAGCUCUUCCCACAUGGGUUACAGGUCAUCAUGGUUAAAUGUCAACGAGAAGCUGUAUGACAUUGACAAAGAAUCUGGAAGAGCUUGGUCUCUGUGGUUUAUACCAGAUAAAGCAGAGGAGAGUUCCAAAGUGGUUGGGGGAGUCAAAAUGAAUGACACCUUCCACAGCAAGAUGGAGACUGUGGACUUGCCUGCCCGACAACCUGUUGAAGCAGAAGCAACAGACUCAGACCUCGCAACAAACACAGCCCUCAUGAUGGACGCAGACCCCCCAAAAGACACAGACCUCCCAAAAGAUGCAGACUCAGAGACAGAACCCCUUUCCCCAAUGAUUUUGACCGUCCUUACAUCAGAGGAUGCUGUGAGACUGCUUGCUGAAACAGAGGCAUCAGAAGCAGAGCUCAAAACAGACUCAAACUGCCCAACAGAUGCAGACCUCAACACCGUCACAGACCUCACAACAGACUCGGACACAGACCUCCUUCCCCCAAUGAAUUUGACCAUCCUGACAUCUGAGGAUGCCAUGAGACUGUUUUGCCAGAUUGAAAAUGGCUCUGACCUCCAACUCUGGUCCCCUGAACCAUGCUCUGAAAACAAAGAUAAGACCCAGACCAAGCAACUAAAGAAUAUAGUAAUUGGCAGCUUAGAUAAGUCCUGCUACUGUCCUUGUAUUAUUGAAACUGACAAUGGGUUUGAAAGUGGCCUAUGCUCCAGUUGUCAGAGAGAGAAAGGAUUGCAGAAAGGUACAAGAUGCAUAACAAUCUCUCACUGCCUUACCCUGUCGGAUACAAGCGAAAAUUCAGAUCAGGAGACAGAAGCAACAGACUCAGACCUCGCAACAAACACAGCCCUCAUGAUGGACGCAGACCCCCCAACAGACUCAUACCUCCCGAGAGACGCAGACUCAGAGACAGAACCCCUUUCUCCAAUGAUUUUGACCGUCCUCACAUCAGAGGAUGCUGUGAGACUGCUUGCUGAAACAGACUCUGGGGGGAAGGCGACUGUGGACAAUCAAUGCAGGGACAAGAAGCAGAUGCAAUCAACUGAAGAAGAGGGUGAUGACAAUCAAUUCAGUGACAUUAAAACAGAGGGAGAAAUGCAGCAAUGUACAAACGUCGUACCGAUCACUGACUUUUUUUUCUGGUCAGACACAAGUGAGGAUUCAGAUCAGGAGACAGAGGAGAACCCUAAUGAACAACAUGCUCAGAUUGAGGCUCAUGCUUCUAAUGUUAAAAGGACGGAGCCUGAAACUGAUGCCAAAGAACCAUGUGAGUCAGCCCAAGAACAUACUACCCACAGAAAAGUCAGUCCUAGUUCUGAGGAUAGGGAAAGAUGGCAAGAGAAGGACCAAGACUGUAGGAUGAGUACAUCACCACUUCCCAAGGUUGAAACCCCCUCAAAAUUAAGAGCUAACAUCAUAGCAGACAACUGGUGUUCACCUAUAGAGGACUGUGGUUCACCUGUAGAUAAGUAUGACAAAGUUGCAGACUUUUUCACCCAAUACAAAACCUGCAAGUCAAAGAAAAAAAUAUAUAUGUAUAUGGAAAAGGAGAAUACCCUCCAUCCAAAGUCAUCUGAUAGACAAAAGCUCAAGAAAAGCCAUGGGAGAGCAGAGAGGAGACGGUCACCAUCCCAACCCCCUAAGAGCUCUGGGGUGAAGGCAACUGUGAAUAAUCAACGCAGGGACAAGAAGCCACAUGCGUCACACAAGAGGAGACAUUCGACUAAGAGUGAUAAAAAUCAAUGCAAAGACAAGAAGAGGGGAUCAUCAACUGAGAAAGAGAGCAAGAACAAUCAAAGUAGGGACAAGAAGAGGAGACCUUCAAUUGAAAAAGUGGGUGAGGGCAGUCAAUCUAGGGACAAGAUAUCACAGAAGAGGAGAACUUCAACUGAAACUGAAGGCAGGAACUCUGGUGACUCCAAAGAGUUGCAGUGCCAGUUGGUGGAAAGAGAGAGGGACCACGGCAGUGCGUUUCCACUGCCGCGCCCUGGGGUGAAAACCCUCCAUGUGCAGGGAUCCUCAACUACCACCGUUCCUCUCAAACUCACCAUAAAUGUCCCCAAAAAUCCUUCCACAAACUGCUCACCCUCCAAACAUACUGAGGACGUCCCCAAAAUGCCAAAGGAACAGCCAAAGACUAAAGUCCCGAACAAAAGACACUGCUCCCCUGCAAAGUCAGUGUCUCCUGUUGUCAAAGAGCGGCAGAGGAACGGCAUCAAACACAAGCAAAAAAUUCAACGCCUGAAAGUCAGAUUGGAAAAGUUGUCCUUAUCCAAACAUCUUGUCAGGAAAGGUUCCCCACCAAGGCUGAAGAGGGUGGAGGAUAGAGAAGUCCCUGGGGGUUUAGGGGUAAAGGUUUCUAAGAAUCCUGACUCGUCCAUGAAACUAAAACAUAAGGCAGAGAGCGACUUGACAUCCCAACAGAAGUUGACAAAGAUUCCGAAGGUGUUGAAUAGGAAUGAGAAAGGAUGGUUUUCAAAAAGCGAGUGUGAGAACGACUCGCCGCCCGCCAAGCCAAAGCUGCCAAGGAUUCCCAAGCUUCCGAGGACUCCAGAGGUUUCAAAGGAUGGGAAAGAGGGAGAGAACAGAGAAGAGACAUCUCCCAGUGCUUCACCUGAAUCACAAACGCUGAACAAACCUGCAAGAGUGGCACACAAGCCAAAACCUUUUAUCAAGCCUGCCAGUCCCAAUGGUAAUAGCCCAGGUAGUCAUGCAUGCCCUAAUCCGGCUAGGGUAUCACCGCUAUAUGGCGAUGGUCAUUUUGGGGCAAAAGUCUCUGCGAGGCAGCAGGUGUUCUCUGAUUGGGAGAGUAGCUUUGUCCCGACGCCAACCCCCCGGACUCGCAGACGAUCAGGGUGUCCUCAAGAUAUAGGGGAGCUGAAGCCUGGACCAAGCGGUGCAUGUGAAAAGAGCUUCAAAAGGAAACGUGAAAUACAUGAGCCUGCUGCCAUUUUGAUGAAGAAGAGCAUUGUUCAGGCAAACCAUUGGAUGAAGUGUCUCCAUCGUGAACCUCCGAAAGACUCCAGACACUCGGGUAAGGACACCAAUCACAAGCCACUGUCAAACGAAUAUGCAAAAACAACUGGAGUUGGUUACAAGUGGUCAGAGGAGCAGAAGACGAGGCCAAAUUAAAUUGAAGGUUCCUCUCCGAAUGCAAGCCCCCCUCACAGUAACCAUCCAGCUUCCUCUCAGAAUGUAAGCCCCCUUCCUGGUCGCCAUUCAUCCUCCAGCCAAUUGAGAGGAGUUGAGCCAACAGCCAGGCACCAUAGCUCUCCCAUGAACGAAUGGAACGAGCGGUGUUCAGGAGACAGAUGUGAUUCGUAAGCCAAUCAGUCGGUCCUGACAGGAUACACCAGACAACACAGUAGUUGAUGGCAACUGGCAAAGACAAUACUUUUACCUCAUACCUGACAUCGUGCAUAUGCUGUUCUUUUUUAAAACUUGAAACAACUACUGACAGUGCCUAUAAAGCCAUAUUUAGGCUACAUUAUGCAGUUUACUUUUCUACAUGUUUUUAAAUGAAUACAUUUCUCUCUCUAUAAUAUGUUUGGUUAGCUGUGGUUGAAACAGUCAGAAGUGUGUUUUAUAUACUAUGUAUAUGUGUUUAUUGUAACUCUUGACAUCUAAGGGUGAUUGGUGUUUGGUUACCCGUAUUCCUAUAGUAUUGUUUGCCUACGUUGUUAGGGUAUCAUAGGGAUUGAAUCAUCAUAGUGAUGGUAUUGGAUUUUGUUUGUUUCUAGUAUUUGUAUUGUCUAUUUCUAUUGCAGCCAGAACCAAAGCUAAAGGGGAGAAACCAGACUGAACUUAUUGUUUAACGAGAUUCUGCUGUCCCAUACACAAAAAAUUUGUCAAUUGUAACAGGUGUUUUUUUUAACACUGGUGGUAAAGUGGGUAAAUGUAUCAUGGCUAUCCAACAACAAAUUAUGUUUGAAAGUCAUUGUCACUUUGUUUGAUGUGGUUCCUUGCAAUGGGUUUAGUUAUCUGUGGCCAUAGAUGAUGUUUGUAGUUAAAUUCACUGAUACUGCUAAUAUUUCGGGUAUUGAGGAAUGUAUGUACUUCACAGGUCACUGGUUUUAUACUACGUCUUAAAAAUUGGUCGAAAUGCCAAGUUCUGUUUUUAAUAUCUGUUCGUUUUUGUCAGUUUUGAUGCUGUAUUUUUAUUUUUUACCUCUGUUUACUGUAUUGUUACGGCACUGAACUAACAUAAAUACAGAAAAUAAAUUUUUGUUGUUACUAAUCCUCUCAGACUA